AUGUUCGCAGAGCAGCUUCGGCAACUUGAGGCCCCCGGUCCAAUGUCUGCGACCACUUUGUCUGCGACGAAGUGGCAGCCGAACCCAAGGAGGAUGUCCUUGGGCCCGGGGGCGCGUCUGCAGACGACGGCUUUCGACUGCGAGAACACAGUUCCGCGAACGCCAGCAAGCACGAUGAAAAGCGUUAAGUCUGUUUCAUAUGGGGUCACUGGCAUGCGCACCGAUCCGAGACCUCUCUCCGAUCGACAGUAUAUGCAAGCUUGCAUGAAGAGUUUAAUUUGCUAUUUGACAGAGCACCACUAUGACCAUCCGGUUUCUCUGAAGACUCUGUCGAGCCCUUCGGCAAAGGAUUUUCAGUCCAUUUUUACUUUUCUGAUUCGACGGCUUGACCCGCAUUUUCAGUGGACGUCCAAGUUCGAGGACGAAGUUCCGGUCUUGCUGAAGCGCUUGAAAUACCCUUUUAACGUGAGCAAGUCUGCGCUCUAUGCGGUAGGGUCCCCACACACUUGGCCAACGCUGCUCGGGUGCUUGGCCUGGCUCGUGGAGCUGCUGAUUUUCGAUGUGGAACACAGCGCUAUCAAAACUCGGCAGAUGAAGCGCAUCAUGUUUUCUGUCGGUAUUCUCGAUGGAGCGGCCGAUCCCGAGGCAGAGACAACUGCUGACGACGAGGCAUCCAUCGAAUUAAAAGCGCGAGCAGAUGAGGAGGUUUUCUUCGAAUACGUCUCUGCCACAUAUUCUUCAUUCCUCGCAGGCUCGGACGAUUUUGAAGAGUUUGACAAUGAGCUCGAAGGAGUAUUUAGCUCCCGCAAUUCGGCUGCAACUUCUCGCUCGCGCGACCUUGAACUUCAGAUGCAAAACCUCGAAAAUCAGCUACAGCGAGCACAGUUGGCGGUUUCAGAGAAUGAGUCCCGGAUCUCUGACCUGAGCCAACGAAGGGAAGAUUACCUUUCGGAUAUCGAGAAAUUUCGGAAACUCAUUGCACAGUUGACGGCCCACAAGAGUAUGCUGGAGAAAAAAUUAGCCGAGCGCGAAGAGGAAGUCCAGGAAAAAGCCAGAGAGGUCACCAGUCUUAUAGAGCAACUGAAAGGACUCAAAGACAAAAUGGAAGCGCAGCAAAACUUAUCCAUCGACGUAGAGCGUAUAUCGCGUCGCCGUCGCGAACUGCGAGCGGCGCUCGACCGCGCCCAGCAAAAGCGCGAAGAAGAAGAAGCACGUCGAAAAGAACUUUUGUGCGACAAGGAGACAUUGCAAGGCAAGAUAGAUGAGCUUUUGCGCCGGAUUCACGCGCUUGUGGAACGCGUUGGAGUCCAGGAAACACGCACACUCAACGGUGUUCUGCCCUCUACGAUCGACAAGAACAUUAGCAGUGCCGACGCUCAAAAAAUUCAUUCUACUAUACAGGAUGCCUUGCGUGAGCAUAUGCAACAGGUAACUGAGAACCUGGAGAGAUUGAAUAGCGAAGUACUGGAGUUGCAAGACGCGAUCCGCAUGGUGGAGGAGAAAAUAUUACUACAGCGCGAAAACAAUCGCGUCCUUACAGCUAAGCUCCAACGGCUCGAAAAUACCUACAAUGCCGAGCGCGAGUCUCUCGCUAAGAGACUCGCAGACGCUUCGGAGAAGAAUGCUCGAAUCCAAGAGGAAAUUUGCGAUCUUCGAAACAAUAUCCAGGAAACCGUAGCGAACAGCCAGAAAGCCAUAGAGCAUGCAAGAACAGAAUGGCGAACGCUUGCUGCGAGCACACAGGCUGAAUACGAUUCGGCAAAUGAUUCCCUUCUUCUGGUAGUUGAGCGAUUAACGGAUCACAAGGUCUUUAUUCAGAACAAUCUUGCCACGCUUCAUCGCAAAUAUAGUAGCAUAUUGGCCGCCGUCUCGGAAAAUGAGAUCGACGGUACGGUUACAAGAGCCGGUACAGACGAAACAUCCUGUGACGCGUCGCCCUCGUUGCUUGAGCCGGCGUUCCAGUCUCUGCGCCUCCAGAAAAAGGCAGAAUCGUCGGAUAUCCGUAUUCAACAGCAACGCGAGCCGGAACAUCAAUUUGACGAGAACGUUCCUCCGAACCAGCUGAUGGUUUAA